CAGUCCGUCAAUGUCACCAUUCCAGAUCAUGUCUUUACGUUUUCAAUGGAUGCCGUGCCGUAUCUGGAGCCCUGCUUCGCCACUCUAAGGCAUCGGAGCGAACACAAGGCGUUUGACAGUUAUCCUGACGCCCAGGCGGUUGCUUAUCAAAUCCGAGAGAGCGAAUACAUGCGGAUACUGGCGACAGAGGGGGGUCACGGAUACAAUGAUCUGGGGCUUUAUUCCUCGGAAAUGAUAAACGUAUCUGCUUUUGAUGGAACGCAGAUCAAAGGGUUUGCACUCCUCGGUGGCUACUGUCGGACGUCUGUCGAUAUAUCAAUGAAGAAUAAGCCUAGUAAACGCUACCGAGAUAUAGUAAUAGAGGGCGCAAAGAAGAGUGGAUUACGCCCCGAGUAUAUUAAGUUUUUGGAACAAUUCGAUGCGUACUCACCGCCUCAAGAUCGCUGGGGCCGACUCGCCAAAUACCUGGUGCUAUUGCUGGUCCUACCUAGUCUAUUAUCAAUGUUAGUAGGCGUGCCUUUCUUAUUAUCGCUCGGGUUCGAGAGACCUCCAUAUUACUACGCGUGGGCGAUGAGCAACUACAGUAGACUUGUAUUAGGUUUCGCAUAUCCCGCGUUACUUAUGGCUUUUGGGCCCGGAAUGUACUAGGACGAGAAAAAUUUAAGAUAAAUUCAAUUAGGCC